CACUCCCAUUCCCAUUCCCAUCUUUGAAAAAUCAAACCUUUGAAAGUCUUCUCCUCUUAGUUGGCCCUUUCCUCUCUCUCUCUCUCUCUCUCUCUCCCGCUGAGCUCAGAGUUGAAAAACAAGCACCUAUGUACGGUUCCCGGAGACCGAGCUCCGACGUACGGUCCACGCCGGACCGUUUAAACUACUCCCUGAGCUCGGCCAACUCCGACGCCACCUCCACUGCCUCCAGGCGGUCCAGGAACCCGGUCGUGGUCGCCGCCAGAUCCGUCGCCGGAGCUUUCGCCGGCUGUUUCGCGCCGCCGGAAGAUGCCACAUCUAGCACCCAGGCCUCGAAAUUCUCCUACAAGUUCAGCGCACAUCCUGCUGCAUCGCCGAAUGCGUCUCCAAGCGGCAGCGAGAGAGUGCGCAGGCACAGCGGCAGCGAGAGAGUGCGCAGGCUCAGCGGCAGUGAGAGAGGGCGCAGGCUCAGCGGCAGUGAGAGAGGGCGGGGUUCGAACCCGGGAGCCAGAGCGUAUGCACCUUCGUACGACUCAACUCAAGAUAAAGAUCAGGGAAAUGUAGAGUUCACGAUGGAGGAGAUAUUUGCGGCCACCAGGAAUUUCUCCCCGUCCUUCAAGGUCGGGCAGGGCGGUUUCGGGACGGUCUACAAGGGCAGGCUCGAGGACGGAACGCUUGUCGCAGUCAAACGCGCCAAAAAGAGUGUGUACGAUAAGCAUUUGGGCGUCGAGUUUCAGAGUGAGAUUCGAACUCUCGCACAGGUAGAGCAUUUGAAUUUGGUGAGGUUCUAUGGGUAUCUCGAGCACGAAGAUGAGAGAAUCGUUGUCGUCGAGUAUGUCCCAAAUGGAACCCUCAGAGAGCACUUGGAUUGUAUGCACGGAAAAAUUCUCGACCUUGCUGCAAGGCUCGAUAUUGCAAUUGAUGUCGCUCAUGCAGUGACCUAUCUUCAUAUGUAUACAGAUCAUCCUAUCAUUCAUAGGGAUAUAAAGUCUUCCAACAUUCUCCUCACCGAAAAUUUCCGAGCAAAGGUGGCAGACUUUGGGUUUGCAAGGCUCGCUGCAGACGCUGAGUCCGGUGCCACGCACGUUUCGACCCAAGUUAAAGGAACUGCUGGGUACUUGGACCCAGAGUACCUGAGAACGUAUCAACUCACAGAGAAGAGUGAUGUGUACUCGUUCGGGGUGUUGCUCGUAGAAAUGGUGACCGGCAGGCGACCUAUUGAGCCGAAACGGGAAAUUAAAGAGCGGAUUACUGCAAGAUGGGCUAUGAAGAAGUUCAGCGAAGGGCAUGCUACCACUAUUUUGGACCCGAGGCUGGAACCGGCUCGGGGCAAUAACUUUGCCCUGGAGAAGAUCCUAGAACUGGCAUUGCAAUGCUUGGCACCGCACAGGCGGAGUAGACCAAGCAUGAGGAGAUGCGGGGAGAUCCUGUGGGGGAUCCGUAAAGACUAUCGAGAACUAUCGACUCCUGAUUUCCGCUCCCUGUCUUCUAAUUCUCAGAGGAGUGCGUCAGUGAAACAGGAAGAAGCGUCAGUGAAACCGGAAGAACAAUACAAGUGAUGACCAAUAUCCAUGGAUGCACAGCAUGUGUAUAUCUGGCGUGCAGACGAGACAGCCAGCUGCUAGCUACAGGCAGUUCAGGGUAGGCCGAGGAUUCUUUUUUCUCCCGAAACUGCAAAACAGCAUUCGUGGUUUAAUUUCCUACGCAUCAGAAUCAAUCAUUUGAAUGAAUUUGUAAGAUCGAUAUGUAUUAUAGAGACCGGACCAGAUUGAUGAUACAGGUAUAGUGAGUUUUGGCCCCGUCCCUCGAUGGAUUUAAACUUUCAGCAAUCGUAUUCGAAUCGAGUUCUUUCC